UUCCCUAGUGCAGGUAGCCCGGGUCCCCCCAACUCUGUUCACAGGACCUGAUGUAAGCUGAGUCAGAGUUAGAGAUAGAAGUUUCCCUCUGCUCUCAGUGCCUCCCAUGGGGGCCCCCUCCUGGCUGCAUCCGUUAGUCACACCCGAGUAAGUCCUGCCCACCACCCUCUUGGGGCGGGGAGCUCCGGGCAGUGGAGAGGGCGGCCGGGGGAGGAGGUGGACUCUUGGCCGGUCCGUUUAUUCCCUCCAUCUCCCGGCCAGCAGCUGCGCGCUCCGGGCUCCUUCCUCGCACCGCCCAGUGCGGGCCGGAGCCGGAGCCUCAGUGGAGCCCAGGUGCCCAUUGGGGACUGCUUGCCACCAUGUCGAUGGCAGUAGAGACCCUGGGCUACUUCCUGGGCGCACUGGGGCUGCUGAUGCUGGGGGUGACACUGCCACACAGCCAGUGGCGUGUGUCCACCAUCCACGGCAACGUCAUCACCACCAACACCAUCUUCGAGAACCUCUGGUACAGCUGUGCUACCGACUCCCUGGGCGUGUACAACUGCCGCGAGUUCCCGUCUAUGCUUGCACUGUCUGGAUACCUGCAGGCCAGCCGGGCACUCAUGAUCACUGCCAUCCUCCUGGGCUUCCUGGGCCUCCUACUCGGUGUGCUAGGGCUGCGCUGCACCAACGUGGGGAGCAUAGUGCUGUCCCGGAAGGCCAAGCUGGCCGCUACCGCUGGAGCUUUCCAUAUCCUGGCUGGUUUCUGCGGGAUGGUAGCCAUCUCUUGGUAUGCCUUCAACAUCACCCGGGAGUUCUUUGAUCCCCUGUAUCCUGGAACCAAAUACGAGCUGGGUACGGCCCUCUACCUGGGCUGGAGCGCCUCGCUGCUGUCCAUCCUGGGUGGCCUCUGUCUCGGGGUCAACUGUUGCUGCCCUCCAGAAGCUGAGACGACUCCCGCCAGGACUUGGCUUCCUUACAAGACCCCCACCAAACCCGCCACCAGCAUCGCCACCCGCCUGCGGGCCUCUGAUGACGAAGUGGAUAGCAGCUUUGGGAAAUACGGGAAAAAUGCUUAUGUGUAGCGGGGCUGGCCUGUGCACCCAAUGCCUGGGCCAAGAGGAAUCACAGGAUCUCAGAACAAGCCGCCAAUCAUAGCCUCAAAGGCCAGCUAGGCUCUGCCCCAUGUUCAGAAACCACGCCCAGGCCCCACCUCCUUUGCCAGCCUUGGGCAUCCUUGUGGGGCCCAGAAAGUGCCAUCCCAGGA